AUGUCACUCAAAUACGGCCUGAACGUCAAGAAGAAAGGGCCCCCGCCUCCGCGACGGACUCUUCUCGACGAUGAGGACGGCGACGACGACGACGAUGGGCUUCAGCAGUCCGGACCCGCCGAGGCUGCCAUAGAAGAAAUCACCACUUUCGGUGGCAGCAGCAACAGCGCUACCACCAAAUCCACCUCACAGUCCACACCGGCACUCGGUCUCACCAAAACUAAGCCCAAAGGCAUCCCGGCACGACCUCACGACAAUGACGAAGCGCGACAAGAUCUGUCUGCCCUGCGCGCCGCUGAGAAUCGAGUCAAAGAUGCCGAAAAGGCGGACUCGUCCAUUUUCGACUACGACUCCUUCCACGAUGCCAAGACAUCGGUGACAGAAGCCAAAAAAGCUGCUUUGAAAGAGGAUGCCAUCGCGCGGAAACCAAAGUACAUCAACAACUUGCUUGAGUCGGCUUCGAGACGGAAACAGGACCAGCAGAUCGCACGGGAGAAAUUGUUACAGAAAGAACGAGAGGCCGAGGGAGAUGAGUUCGCCGACAAGGAGAAGUUUGUCACGAGUGCAUACAAGGCUCAACAAGAGGAAACGAGGAAGUUGGAGGAGGAAGAGAAAAGGAAGGCCGAGGAGGAGGAGAAGAGGAGAGGAAAUAAGCUGGUGGGAGGCAUGGCUGGAUUUUAUCGAACCAUGAUGGACCAGUCCGAGAGGCAGCACCAGGAAGCUGUCGAGGCCGCUGAGAAAGCUGAAAGAGAGGGCGUAAAAAUCGCUGAUGAAGAUAGGAAGAAGACGGAUGCUGAGUUGGCGGAAGAAGCCAAGGCAAGAGGCAAGAACAUCCACGUCAAUGAGGAAGGUCAGAUCACAGACAAGCGGGAACUGCUGUCUGCUGGACUCAAUAUCGUUCCAUCUGGGAAAGGCUCGGAUAAGAGAGCUGCAGACCAUUUGAAGAGCUCCAAUCGCCCUGCGCAGUCCGCUUUUCCAACCAGGAAACACGAUGCCCAGCAGGCAACGAGAGAGCGACAGAGUAAGCUGAUGGAAGAGCAGCUUGCUGAACGACUGAAGAGGCAACGAGAAGAGGAAGAAGAAGAGCGAGCCAAGCUAGAGCGGGCUGCAAAGUCAACUAAGACGGCGACGGAUGUCAAUGAUGCAAAAGCACGAUAUCUGGCAAGAAAGGCGGCCAAGGAGAAGGAGAAGGCUGGAGGCUGAGCUUCGCCAUGAGUUGUGCGUCGAACUACGGAAGUCUUCAAUCGCCGGACGAUUCUCGUCGAGUUACCAAGCGCUUUUCUGCUUGCACUAGGGCAUUUCCACGAUCGCUCGGACCAUGUGACGAGAGUAUCUCGAAAAAGCUCAUUCGCACGGGUGGGCACUGAUCCCUACGAUCACGCGCUCGCUUCUGCAUCCUACCGGGACCUUUCAGCACACUUUGCAACGUGGAACAACAAGCACUACAUCUCGCGAGCAAGGAAUUACAAAGUGUUUAACACUUUCAGAUCAGACAAGGCCUGUUCUGGGCGUGUGAAAGGAUGGACAUAGCGAUCCAUCAAAGCAGCCACAGGAUCUUACAGUGCUGCAAGUGCCGACUGCUUCGGCGACAUCUAGAACGCCAUGUUUUCUUACAAUGCAUCGACUGCUUUCCGCUCUUCGGCGAUGCGAAAGAAUGAGAUGACAAUAGAGAUUGAACAUUGUGUUCACAAGUAUAUUUCCCGAGACCCAUCACACCAUGGACCAAACCAAAAUAGGGACCCAUUGGCUACAAGGUAGAACUUCCCCGCGCGACCAUUGGAGAGCCAUUUCCCGCUUGACCAGGAAUGGAUUUGGACUUAAACACCCAUAUGGAAUGUCGGACCCGGGAGAUGACGAUGAAGAUCACUCAGACGUGGUCAAAAAGCGGAUUCCCCUACACGAGCUCGCGAAUCGGGAGUCGCUUUCCACCCUCCUGGGAUACUGACCAGCGCGCAGAAAUCAUCCGCCGCUUGCGGUCGCCUCCGCGUGAUGAUAUAGACCGUCAGCACAGCAUGGUGGCAUUGGAAAUGACGACAAUGUCUGACUUUGGAGAUAUUCUGACUUUGGAGAUCACUUUUCAAAGUGAUAUCAUGAACCCUGUCAAUGUAUCACGACCUACCGCAUUUUCUGGAUGUGGCCGAUUUGCAGCCACCGUGGACGUCGCGCAAAUGGCUAGGCUCGAUGUCGGCAGGUAUUUGUCGAAGGACACGAGCAAUUUUGUAUUGGCACAUAGCCCUCUGCAGAUACAUGUAUUGACGAUGCGAUGGCUGAGUACCGCGCGGUAUGUGACCGUAGAUUCUAGCGACUAAAGUUAUCAGUGGCUCGGCUUGGUACGGACUGUUGUACACGAUCAUGCACCAAUCCCGUGACACGAGCGCGACCUCAUCUGUCUAGAAGAGGAAGAGCCUUGUGGGCCGCAUCUGUUCUCCGUCUUCACUCUCCGCUUACACAGACAAGUCAGGAACAAGUAUUCAAUCAAGCCUUCCAAGCCUGCGCAUAUCCGUGCAGUUUGUCAAUCAAGACUGGGCCCCAAGCCCCAAUCUCCCUGUUGAUCAUCUCCUCGAAAACUCUCGUUGCAUCAGUCUCGCUGACGUCCAGCUUGAAUCUCUCUUCCACUUUCCUCACAGCCUGAUCACCGAACACAGCCAGGCCGGGAAUGCCCGCAUCCUGCAUCAAGGAGAAGAGAUUCAAUAUGAGAGAACUCUGCCUCCUCAGAGUUGUAUAUGCCGUAAAACAAUACGACUUGAAAGACUCGAAUUGGCUUUCUUGUUCAUUGUUGGAGCCUCCCAUACCUUCAAUCAUCUCUCGAGAAAGUUUCAUGAGGGGGGCCAUGGGUUUGGGAUCGCGUCCGAGAAUGUAGCCAAAGUCAAUGUGAAGGAAGUGCCCAUCUCCAGUGAGGAGAAGGUUGUCGAGGUGGCGGUCUCCAACUCCUAGAAGGUAGGUGACGACGCAAUACCCAGCGACGGAUUUAACGUAGUUGUCCAUGGCAUCUUUCCGGACGCCGAGAAUUGAUUGCGAAGAAGAUCUGGGAGGAUUGUGAGCUUUCAGGUAGCCGAGGAUUGAAUUGUUAUAUUUGGGAUUUGUCAGUAUAGCGGAUAUAGGCGUAGAUGCAAUAAACUGCACAGCGCCUGCUAGACGUGAUGUAGCCAGUGUUCGAUAUGGCGUGAGUUUGAGGUCUAGAUUCUCUUUGCGAAGGAGUCGGUCCAUGAGGGCGAUGAUUUGGAUGACAAGUUGAUCUUGACGUAGGUCGUCUCCGGAUUUGAACAUGAAGGGAUAUACCUCUCCGGUGUCGGUCUUGACGUUGAGCAGAAGAGGCAGCAAAGAAGACUUGAAGACAUUGCAGUUAUCGGGAAUGAUGCCAACGGCCUUGAUUUCUGGAUCGAGUGGCAGCGGCAAUGGAGGAUCCAAAUGGAGAAGCUCGUUCCUGGGGUCUGCGAGCAUCUUCUUCAGAUGUUCGAUCUUCCUCAACCGGUCUCCUUUCUGUGACUGCACGUCUUUGCUGAUCUUACUGAGGACGGUGAUGAAUUCCCCUUGUCGCAAGAGCACUCGUCGUCGCGCCUUACCCUCUGCUGUCGUUUCGAGCUCCUUUUGAAAGUCGAAGCUCACACGUGCAAAGAGCUUCUUGUUUGCAGAAGAUUGGGCCUGCUCGUCUCCCAGAUCCAAUUCCACCAUGAGAUACCAAUGUAGGAAAUUGCCGAGCUUUAGAUUAGCCGCUGAUCGUGCAAUCAAUAAGGAUGCGAGCGACGAGUCGCUCUCGUCUUGUUCUCGGGAAUGUUGUGGUUCGAACUUCAACGCUUGUACAAGCUGUAAUAGGUAGAGCAACAACUCCUCGUCAUCAGCUUUGCGUAGCCGAUCCACGGCAUACGCGCGGACAGUGGGAUUUCGUACGCCGGGGCCGAGGAGUUCAAGGGCAUCAUCGAUGUCAAUCUCGACCCAUUUGGGCAGCAAUGCAAUGGCCUGCUUGCUCUCGGCCGGCUCGUUCCAAUUCACCGACUUGACGAGUUUCGUGAGUGCUCGCUUGUCCCGCGUGAGAUGAUGUCUGAAGCGCCAGACCUCGUCCUUCUCUUUGUCGCUCAGGUCGACAGUAGGGCCGUACAUCAUGACACGAUUGAGGAAAUCGCGCAUCUUCGGAUUCGGCCUCAGAUCACGAUCUAGAGCGUGCUGCUGGCCUCGAACAAGUCGUCGAUGCUUUGUUUCGGCCGGAUUGUCAGCGUAGCCUACCUCCGGAUCGUAGAUUCCGAUCAAUCUCCCGCCUCCAUCUGUAUCAUUCAGUCCAUCGGAGUGGAUUCCUGGGCCUAGUUGCACUUCAGGUGGUGGCUUGAAGUUGACACCGGGGGUACUGAGCGGGUGUGGCGCCGGUAUGGAUGAGACGGGCGGAGGCGGGUAUUCAUGAUCGGUAAAUACAAUAGGGUGGUCAAAUCGAGGAAACUCAAUGUAGAGGAAGAACGUGCCGUCCACGUGGUCCGGAUCGCCGUCUGCACACUGCAUCUCUGAGUGUUCGCCACUUGUAUCACCGUUGACUGGCAACGCAGGACGUCUUGACUUGAUAGAGUCUUUGAUCUGCUGCCUCUCCAGCUUCUCGACCUGGCGGAAGACCAUUUGAUCGAGCCACCGACUCUCGGAUAUCUCGCCCAUUUCAUGCUUCUUCAUCAGAGAGACUAAGCGUUCCAACUCGGCGUCUCGCCGACUCAGUUUCUCAUCGACCACGAUCGGCUCUGCGGGCUGGUUGCGGCGGCCUCGCUUGCGUGGCUCGUCGAAGCGGGUAGUGGUGUCGGAGAAGCCAUCGGCAGCCUUGUGCCUCCAGAUCUUGCACUUCUGCCGGCCAGUUCGAAGAGUGGCAUCGUCGUCGAAGAGGGGAAUGGUGGUUCCCCCAAACGGAAUGUGAUGGCUCUUGUCUCCACCGCUCGGGUUGAUGGGCGACAGAUCCCAGAGGGUGAUGGCGAGCUGUGUAUUGGCAGGCAGACUGCUGUAGUCAAUGGGCAGAGACAGCCACUGGUUCCAGACGCGACCGUUGCGAAAGUGCUUGUAAGGCGUCUGGGCGGGGACGGUCAGCGGCUUGGAGUCGGCAAAAGGCGUGACGGUGAUGUAGAGCUCGGAGUUGGCGGUGAGGUUGCUGCCGCGGUGGCGCAGAUCGGGUCGCUUGAGCAGCGUCGAGUAGGGCAGAGGCUUCUCGUACCCUUCCAGCCGGUUUCUGCACGCUCCAUCAAUUAAUUCAAGUACUUGGACGGGCUGUCCCUUGGAUUGGCGGCCAUAGAUCAACCCACACCUUGACGCCGACGGGCAUGUGCAGCUCGGACGAGCUCGCAAAGGUGAACGGCUCCAUGAUGGGCCAAGCAGGUGUAUACCU